AUGCUUGGGAUGACCGGCUAUGAGGCAUUCACCCCAUCAUUAUCUAGCGAGUCGCUGCAGCUGCACGAGGCCAUUGUGAGCCAAUCACAGUUCGUCACUGCACAGGUCAAAUCCAUUCAUUUUGAACAUUUCCACCAAGCCUGGCCCUUUCUACACGUUCCAACCUUUGCACCUGAAAAGCAGACAGAUCUGUUGACAAGUGCGGUGGCCAACCUAUCGAUGUGGAUGCAAAACGCCAGUCAUCACCAUCUGGUUCCAUACGAAAUCAAUCAGGAACUAACCAGAGCACUAAUGCCUACAAUUACGGAAGAAGGCUUGACAGAAAAUCAAUCGGCCGAUAUAACCUUACCCACCCUACAAGCAUUGGUCGUCACCUUGACCUAUGCGAUUCUCGGAGAUGCACCUGCAUCUACUUUGAAUUGGGCAGCACAGUGGACCGAUAUUGCCAUCUUCACUUUUCGACGGCUCGGUGUCUUGGAUGAUCGGUGGCACCCAGACCAACACCUACAAUCCGCCGAUGAGCGAUGGGUCCAGACUGAGGAGAUGAAACGGCUAGUAUACGCGGUUCUGCGCAUUGAUACUUAUUUGUGUAUUAUCCUUGACCGACCCCCUACCAUGCGGUACCAAGAGAUCAGACCACCACUGCCUGUGUCAGACGAUCUAUGGCGAGCAGAGACUAGAGCCGACAGAACCAACCUGCAUUGGUAUGAACCGGCAGUCCGAACCAAAAGUUCAUUUUCUACAAUGGUCUACGGCGGACUAGAGUCACGAGCCUUCAUCCCUGGGUACCUCCGAGUGCCUCACCUGACCCUUGAGGAUAAUCAUUUCAGUCUCUGUGCAUUCAUGUCCGAGAUAUGGUGUGUUUUGAAAGAGGCCCACGAGGAACGUCAUCGAACUUACCGCUCACCCGAAUUGAACCGCACGGCAGACCGAGUCAAGCUUUGGAAAGGCUAUCUCCAGGGCUGGCGAGUUCAUAUUGAGAAGACUGACAAGCUGGAAGACACAUUCUUCGGUGGAUUCAUAGGCAAUUGCAACCAUUUUCUCGGUCUCAAUCUUACCCUAUACCACGUUCUUUGUCUCAAGCUGUAUGCCAAUAUGAGGCUGCUCGAGCAUAGCAAAUGCUGUUCGGGUUGCCCGGAGGCCAACAUCGAAAAUGUCAUCAGUAUUUGGGCCCGAUCUUCAGACGGUCGUCAGGCAGUCUACCACGCCGCUCAAUUGAAGCGUAUCUACGAGCGCGAGAGCAAUAUUUACCGACUCAACGACCAAUCUCUGUGUAAUGUUCUAGGUCCUGCCAGUCUGUUGAACAGUGCUAUUGUCCUAUGCACAUACAGUGCCAAGGCGUCUAGGGUUAACACGCCUGACGGCGACACUGGUAUGGCAGCACCGGCUGAUGCAAUCGAGCUGAGUCGGUCGAAUCUGGUAGGCACCCCUGAAUUCGAGAAUUGGAUCUCCCAGGGUGGUCCCGCGACCGUGGACGGGGUCGCCUUGCAUCCUUUCUCGGUUCCCUGUUUCUCGUCAUGGCACCGUGAUCGGUUAGAAACACGUCCUGUCUACUCGUCGCGCUUGGUCACAUUCCUUCACACGUUAAAAUUUUGA